CACGGGUUCUGAUGCGUAAGUGUUCAUAUGGAAUGAAUUCUGGUCGGUGAGUGUGUUUUUCAUGUUCCAAAUGUCCGUUAAUGAUAUAAAUGGAUGCCAGUAAAACACCAGGUAACGCAACAAAGUAAGUUAUUUUCUUCCAUAAGUCUACACCUUGAAGGACUUCUGCAAUUCAAUAAAAUUGUAAAAAGUUAAAAUAUCAAUGUUAGUGAUAUUGAAAUUUUUGAACAAUUCAAUUACCUGGUUUUUCAUAGGCCUUAAGUUUAUCAGGAGUAAACUGUUCAUCCAAAAUAGCACGCAAUUGCCUACCGGCGGAAAAUUUUCUGGUAAAUGACCUGAAAGCCAUUUUUUUUAAAAGAGAAUAGUACAAGAUUGAGAUGUUGCACGAAACUGUGAAGAUAAUAUGAAUAAAAUUGAAUUGGUCUACAAAAAUAUGAAAAUUAUAAUCAUCUGAUUUUCUCUUUUGUAAUCUCUUUUGAAGGUUAUGAUAAGAGCAAAACAAUCGUUGAGCUAUAUUGCCAUGUCAUCGAAUGUCCAGUUCAACGAUGUUUGCUAUACUUUUAUCAAUUUUACAUAAUUUGUAUACACCUUUUGGGUUUGGCACCAUACAUAUUUCUGUAGUAGUCAUCUCCGCUUUCUAGGUCAUUCUUAUCGCGUCGUUUACUUCAUUAAUUGACAAAUUUUGUUAAAUAAAACCGUUGAACAUUUGAUUUUUAAACAUGUCGUCAUUAAAAUUGUAUUACAGUUUAAUGUCACAACCAAGCAGAGCUUUGUAUUUAUUUUUUAAAGUGGCUGAAAUUCCAUUCGAUGGAAAGGUUAUUGAUUUAUUCAAAGGUAAAAAUAAUAAUAGCAGUAUUGUUAUGCCUUCUAAUUACUAUAAUUGUAUUUUAAGCGCAACAUUGUACUGAAGAAUUUCAAGCCAUAAAUCCAUUGCAAAAAAUACCAGUUAUUGAUCAUGAUGGAUUUAUCCUUACUGAAAGGUAUUAUAUAUUAUAUUUUCUUAAUUUUAGUUUUUGGGACCUAUAAUUAUGUAAAUUAUAAACAUUUUAUUAAGUUCUUCUAAAAAGUUAAAAAGUCUAAAAAGUACCAUAAUUAUAAUUAAAGUUAUCAUUAAUUGUUCUAUAGGUUUUUAGAAUUCAAAUAUUCACAAAACUUGUAAAAAAACUUUACAAAUUUUAAAUCAAAGUACCUAAGAAGUUCGAAUAUUAAUCUGCACUCAGAAUCGUAUUUUGUUUUCAAUAAUUUAUUGUUGCAUUCAGGCUUUAAAUUAAAGUAUUUUAACAACUUUCUACCUACAAUUUUAGCCUAUCACAUAUUAUUAUGUUAGUAUUUUUUUAAUUGUCUUCAUAUAAAUAUUAUUAAGAUUCAAUAUGAUUUUACUUUGAAUUAAAGUAUAUUAUUUGAAUAAUAUAGAUAUUAUAUUAAGUGUAGAGUUAAAAUAAUUGUUGAUUUUAAUUUUAAACAAUAUUUUGUUUUGUAGUGUUGCAAUUUUGCGUUAUAUUUGUCGUACUUAUAAUGUGGCUGAUCACUGGUAUCCCAGAGAUUCGGUGAAGCAGGCACUUGUAGAUGAAUAUCUUGAGUGGCAACAUUCGAAUACUAGAGCUGAUUGUGCAUUUUAUUGCUUGUACAAGGUUGGAUUGAUUGCUGAUAUUGAGUGAUAUUAUGUAUCUACCUUUUUUUCAAUAGCAUUUAAGUUAAUCCAUACAUUUUUUAAUAUAUUUUCAGGUAUUUUGGCCAAUGUUUAGUGGAAAACAAGCGAAUGAUACAAGAAUUGCCCAAUUGGAAAGAAGAAUGAAUCAAACUUUAGACUCGAUUGAAAGUUUUUGGUUGCAGGAUAAUCUAUUUUUAUGUGGCAAUGAAAUUUCCAUUGCUGACAUCAUUGGCAUUUGCGAAAUAGAAUAUACGAGUGAGUAUUUUAAGUUAUUCAGUAAAAACUAAUUAGUAUAAUGUUUUUGUUUGUUGAUUAUAGGAAUUGCUGGUUUUGAUGCUUUUGCUGGUCGUCCAAAGUUAUAUAAGUGGAAAACUAGAAUAGCGUCAUAUUUAAAUCCGUAUUAUGACGAAACAAAUGAAGUUAUCGAAACAAUUGCUGCUAAGUACAUUAAAAAAUAUGGUGUACUCAAAUGCAAUUUUUAAUAUCAUCAUAAUAAAUCAUAUGAUUUGUUUUCAUAGUUUUUAAUUUUAUCAACCAGUAUUAUUAAACCAUUAUGUAUUAUAUAGGGAUUCUAUUUAUUCCAUAGCUAAGUGUAUUAGUGAAUAGAUGACAGUUUUGGUUAGCUUUGUGUGGGCAUGUUACUAUAGAAUGAUAAGCAUAUUUGUAUUUUAUUAUUUCUAGUCAAAAUAUAGUUCAAUACAAUUAAAUAACAAUGGUGCAGUCAGCAAGGAAGGAGACAUUUUUGUCUACAAAAUCCUAUAACUGUAUUUGAGAACUUGUGGCAUUAUAAGGGAGAGGGCGUGGCCACUUUCACUUUUCCUAAAUGCUGUCACUGAAGUGAAUAUUGAUUGUUUU